AUGGAGAUGGCAGUGUUCACGCACCCCGGCGUGGGCAAAGAUCUCAAUUCAACGUACGAUCGGCUUGAGAUACUUGGAGAUGCAUACAUAGAGCUGAUUGCCACGAAACUUAUCUGGAAUGAGUUUAAAGACCUCUCUUCUGGGCGUAUAUCUCAAAUGAGAGAGCUACUGGUGAAGAACGAAACUCUAUCGGAGUUUGCAGCGUUGUAUGGGUUCGACAGCAGAGCAGCAGUACCGCAUGAUUAUUUAAAUCAACCAAAGCGCUGGACAAAGACCAAAGGCGACAUCUUCGAGUCAUAUGUAGCUGCGGUCAUCCUGUCUCGUCCGUUGGAUGGCUACAGUGUCGCUGAGCGAUGGUUAACGCAACUCUGGCUUCCAAAACUUAGAUGCACUGCCUUGCGACAGCCGCGUUUGGAUGCAAAGGAAGCCCUUGCAAAGAAGAUCAUGGCAAAAGGGAUUAAGCUCAGGUAUAUUGAUGAGUAUCCGCCUUCACGACCAUCUGGUGGUGUGCAGACGUUUCAUAUUGCACUAUAUCUUACAGGCUGGGGCUGGCAUAAUCGACACCUGGGUUCGGGGCAGGGUCCAAGCAAAGCGAUCGCUGGAGAUGCAGCGGCUAGACAGGCCUUGCUGAAUGAAUCCCUUAUUAAAGAGAUAUCUCAAAUGAAGCAAGAGUGUGGAGAAGGAUAG